AUGAAACGCCAGUGGUUCCAGGAGGACAUCCCACUCCACGUGUCCACACUAACAGUGCUGCUUAUCGCCUGGGAUAGGCUCCGCUUCCUGGAGGACCCGAUGAAGCCCAGGAUACCAGCCUUCGUUUGUGCCACAGGGUCCUGGCUGAUGGCUAUCUGCAUCGUCCUCCCGGUGGGCGGAGCUGUCGUGACAGCUGAAAGCUGCCCAUCAGCGCGUCAACAUAACAAAGAACUCUACAAUUAG